GGGCGCCACUGCCGCAGCCCCUCGCCAUGAGCACCCUGGCCGCCCUCCGGGAGGGCUACCAGCACUUCGACCCCCGCGCCUACCUGCAGAACAACUACCUGCCCCCCCGGGCCGACUUCUCCUCCGAGGAGUUCGUGGUGCCUUGGAAGCUGCGAUGCCUGGCCGAGACCUUCGCCAGUGGUGAGAUCCACGGGCGCACGCUGAUCGACGUGGGCUCGGGUCCCACCAUCUACCAGCUGCUGAGCGCCUGCGACCACUUCGAGGAGAUCGUGGCCACCGACUACCUGGCGGUAAACCGGGAGGAGCUGGGGCGCUGGGUGCGGGGGGAGCCCGGCACCUUCGACUGGAGCCCCUUCAUCCAGCACGUCUGCAAGAUCGAGGGACGCGGGGAGCCCUGGCAGGAGAAAGAGCGUCGGCUGCGGGACCGGCUGAGCCGCAUCCUGCCCAUCGACGUCCACCGGCCGGACCCGCUGGGCGCCCCGUUGCGCCCGCCGGCCGACGCGUUGCUCUCCGCUUUCUGCUUGGAAGCCGUCAGCCCCGACCGCGCCGCCUUCGCCCGGGCGCUGGCACACGUGGGCUCGCUGCUGCGGCCGGGGGGCCACGCGCUGCUGCUGGGGGCUCUGGGGGAGUCCUUCUACCUGGCGGGGGCCGCCCGCCUGCCCGUGGUGCCGCUGGCGGAGGACGACGUCCGGACGGCGUUGACCGGCGCCGGCUUCGCCCUUCGCGACUUCCGAUCCUACGCCAUGCCGCCCGCCCUCCGCACCGGCGUGGACGACGUCGACGGCGUCUUCUUCGCCCACGCGCAGAAGCCGCUGGAGGCCUGAGGGACCCCCCCCCGCCCCUUACCAUCACCCCAAA